CUACAUGGCCACGUCACGACUGCACUGAAGAAUUGAGUUCAUUCGAGAGUGAAUAUAUUAUGAAGCUUCCCACCCAGCACUAAUUUUUAUUUAUUUUCAUUCAUGAUGUUAUUUUCUUUUAUUAGGUUAAUUUUUUGAUCGCACAAGUAGCUGCACUAUGCCUGGCCAGAUUGUUUCGGAAACCAUUGAAAUUUGCUUCUCCAGAAUUCCGUCAUACAGUGUGCCUUGUUAUUGGUUUGAUAAUGGGAUAUUUCUGUUUCGGAAAGCAAGCCGUACAUUUGUCCGUUCUGCCCAUGUUAAGUUACGUUUUGUUGAAGACUGUACCACAUAACACCAUGGGAAAUGUCAUACUAACUGCUUCAAUGUUAUAUCUAUCGUGUCUCCAUCUUCAUCGGCAAAUAUAUCACACGGCUGAUUAUACAUUGGACAUUACAGGUCCAUUAAUGGUAAUAACACAAAGAGUAACGUCACUGGCGUAUUCGCUUCAAGACAGUUUGACUCUACAAGAGAUAAAUUCAAAUACAGUAGAGCCGUCGCUGGGAAAAAAUGUUUCGAAAAUUGAGAAAAUUCCCUCGCCGCUAGAAUAUUUUGCGUACACAUUAGCCUUCCAGACGUUGAUGUGUGGACCCGUUGUGUUCUAUCCUGACUACAUCAAUUUUAUUGAAUGCGUACGCGCUGAUGGUGACGAAAAGCAUGAAAAAGGUCGCCCAGAGCCAUCACCACGAAGAGCCGUCAUAUACAAAGUGGGCGGGUCUGUCGCAGCUGCCUUACUCUAUCUAACUUUGGCUAAGAAAUAUCCACUUACCGUUUUAGAAGAAUUAGUAGACCCGACAUCUGAAGUGUCUCGCUCUUGGUCGGCCGUGUAUCUUCUCUGGUACGCGUACCUCUCUACGCUAGUUGUACGCUGUAAAUAUUACCAUGCGUGGCUGCUGUCAGAGGCCAUUUGUAAUAACUCGGGCAUGGGUUUUAACGGAUAUGACGUUGAUGGCACCCCCAAAUGGGACAAAAUGUCUAACAUCGACGUUUUUGGUUUUGAGUUGGCGCAGAACUUCCGCACGGCGGUGGCGAGCUGGAACAAGAACACGAACGCGUGGCUGCGCGGCGUGGCGUACGAGCGCGGCGGCGCGGCGUGGCGCACGGCGCGCGUGUACGCGCUCUCCGCCGUCUGGCACGGCUUCCACCCCGGAUAUUAUCUUACAUUCUUUGCAGGCGGGAUGUUCACCGUUGCUGCUCGGAAGGUGCGAUCAGCAGUGCGUCCGAUGUUCCUGGGUAGUCGACCUAAGAAGUUCUUGUAUGACUCGUUGACGUUCAUCACAACGCGCGUGGCGAUGACAUACGCCACGGUUCCGUUCGUGUUGUUGCAUCUCUCGCCAAGUCUGGCGUUCUACGGGAAAUUUUAUUAUUCGCUUCAUUUUAUUGCGCUGGGCGCAUUGUUAAUACCAGAAAAGUCCAAACGCUCAAACUCCCCAGUUUCUGCACAAAGUGAACAUUCAAUGUGUGCUAAUUCACAAGAAAAUAUGAUGACAUCAAAACAAAGAAAUGGUGACUUCAAUGCUAAGUUGAAAAUAACAUAGGGAUUAUAAAUCAUUGUUAUUAAGUAUUAGAUCUUACAAUACUAAGUAAGCUUUGAAAUACCGUCAUAAGAAUGGUGAAUGGCAACCAAGAUCAUCACACUCGAACCCUUUACUUGGCUAUCAAUAUUUAUUUAUUUUACAUGGGAACAUUGUUCGACUGUUGUAUUGGAAUAUUACUUCAAGUAUUGCAUUACUGUGCAUUUAUUUUUAAGAAAUUUUAAGUUAUACAAAACAUUUAUUUUAUGUAUUAUGAUAUUUUAUCCAGAAAAGUAUUUCUCGAUUAUUAAUAUAGACAUGCGAUAAUAUACGGCAGUUAUGGUAAGAUCUCACUUAGUUAUUGGACUUUUUAUAUUAUUUAUCUUCAAUGAAUUGUUUACAUUACAUGUAUCUACUAGCUGUUAAGGAUUAGUAUAUCCUAUGAUUAUUGAUUAUAUUAAUUUUAUUUAUUUAAAGCUAUUUCGUGUUUAGAAUACUCGAUACAAUAUUAAAUCUAUAAUGGUGGAUGUUACUUUUAUUUACUAUGCAAAAUGUUGAUAGAAGGGACUACUACAGAAACAUUUACUAAGUAACUAAUGUGAGUAAAGUUUUAUUUUAGUACAUUAUAUUACUAAUACUACCUACUAAAAUAUUUAAUAAGGGGUUUUUUCAAUCAUAAAAGGCUAUUAUAUAUUUAAUUAUAUUUAUAAUCUAUAGCUUGAGUGAAUACAAACGGGUAAAAUUAUAAAAAUCGUAAUUUAUUUAUACCAGUUUAAAUUUUUCUUAGUGUAUGUUUUGUUUUAGACUAUGAACAAUUUUAUCUGGUGCUUGUAAAAUCUGCCUUAAUGAUGUUACAUAUACAAACCAGAUAACACAAAUAUCCAUUGUAUUUAGCUUUGUUAUUUUAUAAAAGUUACAAUUUAUAAAAUGUUGAAAUAUUAUAUAAUUUUUAUACUGAUUAUGUUUUUGAUGGCAGACCCAAAUGGAGUUAUUUUAAAAUGUCAUUAAGAUUCAAGUAUGUUAUUUUGAUAUUUAUUAAUGUUAUCUGAUUAAAUUAGCGUACAAAAUGUUAACGUUCUAAUUUUUUUUUAAUAUUGUAAUAUUUUAAGAAAUAUUAUUUUAACUAUGCGUCCGGCAGUUAUUUGUUUUUAAAGUUUAUAAAGAGUAGAAUUAAGAUAGUUGGCUAGACUUUUUUUUUAGAAAGUUACAUGUUUCGAUACACAAAAUUGUCAAUAAUCAAUGUUACUUGUUUGAAAUGCUAUUAUGAUAGUGACAUUUUAUAAAUGCGGUAAAUAUUUGGAAGAAAUUUAUCAGUUCUUUCCAUAAAAAAUAUAUAUCAGCAUGGCCAUGACAGAGUUAGUAUCUGUACAAGACGUUGAUAUUAAGGUCGGAUGUUGGUCACUUGGAAUUCCUAAUAAUUAUUUUGAGAAAAGUUCCUAUAAUAAUAGCAUUUGAAACUAAAAUUGAAAGUUAAAUAACGGCGACGGCAGGCAAACAGAGACUGAGAGCUGGCACCUAGAUCAUCUUUUAAAAUUACCAAUUUCUUACUGUCAAUUUCUCCAAAGUAAUGUUGAAUCUGUUUCCAUACAUUUAUAUUACAUUAUUUUAAAAUAUAGGUCUUCCAUAAGUAAGUAGGCUGCGUAAUGUUGGUUAUAUUUCUCGAGGCCAUACUUGACUCACGUAAUUAUUUACCGCCAAUUUCAAUAAAAUAUCCCGAUCUGAUUUUUCGACGAUCUAUUACGAAAAUUUACCAAUCAAAACGAAGUUUCUUUUGAUAUGCUUACAAAUUAUAAUUUAUGUUUAUUCUCGAAAUCGAUUGAAGAUUGCGAUUGGGAUCGUUUAUUGAAAACUACUGUUUGGUUAAACGAGUCUCUAAUGUAACUACUUCAUAAUUUACAUAUUCCAUUAAAAUGUAUGACUAAAUUAUUUAUUGCAACUAAAGCAUGGGUAUCGUGUGUUACUUUCCAGGGGAAUUAUGAGAGCGCCCCAGACAAAAAAAACACUUGAAUUUCUGCGUAAUUGCAUUUCCCUACUUUUUAAUUCUUAUAUCGGUCGAAUUCCAUAUAAUAAUAAAUAGUUGGCUACAAGGUUUUGGUCCAGUAGUUCAUGAAUUCAAUUUAUGUGUCUUAACAUGGAAAGGUGGACACGGUAAAGGCUCAAUCAGAGCACCCACUUCUGUCCAAGUUUAUUUCAUGACAGGAAGCGAACUUAUCGCCCUGUUUUACUUUAUCGAUAUUUGUAAUGAACAUUUUAUUAAUACUGUAAGAGGUAAUAAACAUCCAGAAAGAGUGUAAACAGCAAAACAUUAAUAUAAAAAUAAUUAGACCUUAUAAUACAGCAUAUCGAUUAAAAGUAUUUUUAAUAGUUUCUUCGUUGUUUGUUAAAAUCUAGUUAUUACAGUUAUGAUGUAUGACAUGAAGUCUUUUUACUUAUAAGAAAAUUCAUCGAACUUGAUCAACAAGCAUGGACAAUGAUUUAUGAUUAUAAUAAUAGGGUAUUUUACUAUAUCUGCAAUCAAACUUAAUAAGAUGCUCGUUCCCUUACACAAUCAAAAUAUUUUAAUGUUUAUUCAUAAAAAUAGAUGAUAUUGUCUGUUCUACAAAAGCGUAAAGCGGUAAUCACGAUUAUCAUGCCAUCACUAUACAUUUACCAUUCUAGUAUUUUGAUUAAGGAUUUUCGAAAUAAUUGUUUAUUGAUAGACUUGUAAUUUUUUUUUUUAUAAAUAUCGUACAAUAGAAGAUGGUUUUGCGAACUUGAAACACACGUUUUGUUUAUAUUUGACAAAUGACCUUUGACAACUGUUGUACAAUAUCGAAUAAUGUCACUAACCAAGGCAGCAUGGUGGCUAGCGCUUUCGUGUGGAAAUUUAAAACAUAAAAUUUAAUGAUUUUUUGGCACUUACGGAUUUCUCAAAAAUGAAACAAAAUUUCUGGUGGUUUAUACAUAUCUUAAGUUCAAAAUAAGACAAUUCAAAAAAUGAUAAAAUACUCUAAAUGCGUUAUCAAUGUAAAAAUAUGUACUGAAGUAAAAAAAAAUCUUAAGUAAUAAAGAAUAACAGAAAACAGCGUUUUAUUAAGUAAUGUAACAUUUGUUUUUAUGAAUUGACAGUG